AUGACUGGUAUGGGUGAUGACAUGUCUACAGUUAUGUCCGAAGUGGACUGUUGUAUGCUGGAGCGAUACACUCAUGAAUAUCACCUGUCUCAUGUACUUGGUUUCAAAGUUACAUAUUCAUCUUCGUUUGUUCUUGAUGCCCCAACUGGUAAGAUUGGGUUCUAUCUCAGGCAUGUUGUUUAUGGGUUACACUUACCGUCGUCUCGUUUCUUUUUGGAAGUUCUUUGUUUCUAUAAAGUUCAUCUUGUUCAGCUAUGUCCUAACGUAGUGUCAAAGAUUGUUACUUUCAAAGUUUUUUGUAUCGCUCAUGAAAUAUCACUUGAUGUCACCUUGUUUUGCGACUUUUACCGCUUGAAGAAGUAUGGUGAUUGGUUUUCUUUCAAUAGUCGUCAUUCUCCCCUUUCCCUAGAUUUAUUUUGCUCCAAUGGUACCUGGAAAAGUAGAUUUUAUUGGGUGGAUGUGCAUAGAUUAUGUCUACUGUUUGUUCCUUGUUAUGUUCCUCUUGGUGAUGAAUCAAUAUCUUUGUCUGCUGAGCAACGUGCAUUUGUGCCUUUAUUUCCUCAUUUCUGUGUGAAAAUAUCAUUUCAGCCGGAAGUUGUACUUGCUUUGUAUCAUAUGAACCCAUUUUGGAAAGCUCGAUGUUAA